UUGAUGUCAUGAUGGUGCAAGGAGCGAAGCGGCUCAGUAGCGUUUCUUUACUCGGAGGCAGAAAUAAACAUCCUUCUGUUACACAACCCGCAGCAAGAUGUUGGUGCCCGUGGCUCUGUUUUUCUAUCUGCUCUCUCUGAAUCCAGCAGCUACAGAAGUGGGUCUUGCUGGUAAAGUGCUUCUGUUCCCGUACGAGACUGAUUUCAGCUAUGUUCAUCUCACACCUAAGAAGCCAUUGGGCCUUACAGCGUUCACGCUCUGCAUGCGCGUCGCGACAGAGCUCCAGGGCGAGCGGCAGAUCAUUCUCUUCGCCUACCGGACGCCCGACUUCGACGAGCUCAACGUGUGGAGAGAGAAAGAUGGUCGUGUGUCCUUCUACCUCAGUGGCGACGGAGCGUUUUUCCACCUGCCUCCUCUCUCCACCUUCCGGACUCACCUGUGCCUCACCUGGGCCUCGCGCACCGGACUCACGGCCUUCUGGGUGGAUGGGCACCGCAGCGCGUUCCAGCUGUAUAAACCGGGUCACAGCAUCCACCCGCAGGGCACCGCUCUCCUCGGCCAGGACCCUGAUAAACACCUGGGGGACUUCGAAGCGAUGCAGAGUUUCGCCGGAGAGCUCACGGACCUGAAUAUGUGGGACUACGUCCUCACAGGAAACCAGAUUAAAGCGAUGUAUCUGAACCAUGCGCAACGCGUCCCGAGAGGAAACUUGUUUGACUGGAACACCAUCGAAUAUGAGAUUAAAGGAAACGUGUUAGUUGUGCAAGAUGAUUAAAAUGUUCAGUCCCGUACAACGAUGUUUGUUCAUUUGCCAUCGUUUUUUUCAUAGAAUAUUCUGUUUAAUUGUAAAAAAAAUAUGACAACAGCGUAAGUCCCAGACGUGCCACUUCCCGGGGAAACGCCAUGCAAAGGAUUCAUAAAUUGCCUAAAAUGUUGGUUAUUUGGUUGGUGAUGAUCGAUCGCUGUAUGACAUCAAAGUACCGCGAGAGCUAGUGAGCAGAGCAGACGGCUCCAUGCUUUCGAAUCAUCUCGCGAAACUUUGAUGUCAUACAGCGAUCGAUCGAUCGCCGCAGCGCAAACCAACACCUGGUUAUUUUUUAGGCAAUUUAGAAAUCCUGUGAAGAACGUGUCCCCAGGAAGUGGCAAAAAUGAAACAUGCUAAUAUUUUUGCAUCACAACAUAGUUUU